UCCGCCAAUCAUGCAUUAAAGGAGAGCUCUGAUCAUCAACAAAAAUGCAAAUACUCUCUCAGUCUCAGACAUUCACUUCACACUUCCUUCAAUGGCGAAAUCAAAUCUUCAAUUUCUCCUCUUCAUCUUCUUCACAUUGCUGUGCUUUAGCCAUGGAAGCUCAUCGCCGUUUUCUUCGGAGGACGGCGAGUCCUGGCUUAGCGAAGAAGACGACGAAGUUCAUAUCGUUCAGAGCGGCGGCGAUUCACAGAGACGAUGCGAUUUUUCCGACGGAAAAUGGAUUUUCGAUCAGUCUUAUCCAUUGUACGAUUCCUCUUGCCCUUAUCUCAGCUCCGCCGUGACCUGCCAAAGGAAUGGACGGCCGGAUUCUGACUACGAGAAGUGGAAAUGGAAGCCACGCGGUUGCUCUAUUCGCAGGUUUGAUGCCUUGAAUUUUCUCGGGAAAAUGAGAAGGAAAAGGAUAAUGUUAGUGGGGGAUUCUAUAAUGAGAAAUCAAUGGGAAUCUCUUGUUUGCUUAGUGCAAGGAGUCGUGCCAACUGGUAGAAAAAUGGUGACUUACAAUGGUCCUUCCAUGGCUUUCCAUGCUAUGGAUUUCGAGGCUUCAAUUGAGUUUUCAUGGGCUCCACUUUUGGUUGAACUGAGCAAAGGAGCUGAAAACAAGAGAGUUUUGCAUUUGGAUAAGAUUGAAGAGAAUGCUAAGCAUUGGAUGGGAGUUGAUAUUCUUGUGUUUGAUUCAGCUCACUGGUGGACUCACUCUGAACAAUGGAGCUCAUGGGAUUACUACAUGGAGGGCCAGACCAUCUAUAAAUAUUUGAAUCCAAUGGUUGCAUAUGAGAAGGGACUUACCACAUGGGCCAAAUGGGUAGACUUGAACUUGAACCCCGAAAAAACCCGAGUCAUUUUUCGAAGUAUGUCUCCCAGGCAUAACAGAGACAAUGGUUGGAAAUGCUAUAACCAAAGGCAGCCUUUAGCUUACUUCAGCCACGAACAUGUCCCGGGACAGUUGCUUGUGCUUCAAGGAGUAUUGAGAAGGAUGAGAUUCCCAGUAUACCUUCAAGACAUCACGGCAAUGUCCGCUCUUCGAAGAGAUGGCCACCCGUCCGUGUAUCGAAAUGAUUUGGGUCGAGAAGAGAAGCAGCACCAGGAAGGUCUAUCUUCUGAUUGCAGCCACUGGUGCCUCCCUGGUGUGCCUGAUAUUUGGAAUGAGAUGUUAAGUGCCUUGCUCUAAGUACAAAAGUUGUUGGUAAUAGCUUAAAGUGAAGUGAUUAGAGUCACUCUUCUGCUAGUAUAGGUUUGUUUAUCUCUCGAUCUCGCUUCGCGGGUUUCGAUGAGUAUUAGCUACUGCUUGUGUGUUGUGCUGCAAAAUCGUGUCUCGAGACAGACGAUAUAUGUUUCCAUCUAACUGUGAAAUAGCAUUUGUAUAAACUUUGGAUUCUGGAUAGGAUACCUUGAAAGAGAGAGUGACGGAGAAGUUUGACA